CACCUGUCUCCAACAGUGAGAAUUUCAUUUGACUUUAUGUUAUUAAUGCAGCUACUCAACAUGGAAGGUGCCUCCUCCUCCGGGCCUCCGCGGUUCUAUGGAACCUCCCCGCCGUCCGACUCCACCGAUUCCUCGCCGUCCGACUCCGCCGCAUCCUCGCCGUCCGACUCCACGGACGGACCGUCCAAGUUCCUUGCCGAUCUCCCCUCCCGCGGAUUCUUCUCUUCCCCCGUCGUAUCCUCCAAUCCGGAAGAAAUGCCGGUCUACAUAUGCGAUCACGAUACGUCACCUCCAGAUGACCAGCUCAUAAUGACAAACCAAACACAUAUACUGGUUAGGUCACUUAUGCUCAAGAAUCAAAAGGACGAUCCCGGUUCAAAAGACGCAAAAGUCGCUCCAGUCAAUCAGGUUUCGAGGAAAAGGCCCGCCGAGAAACCUUUAGAUAAGGCUGAAGGAAAGAAGCCCAUGUCGAGGGCUCAACUUGAUGCUCUUCCCGAUUUGGCAUAUUCACGGCGUAGAGAGAGAAAGCCGCGCCCUUUCUUCCCGCCUGCCAUGCGUUUCGGAGGGAUCAUUCCGUGGACUUUAGACAAAUUAGCGGACUUUUGAAAGUAUAUCGAAUUCGAGGAGAGAUGUAUUUCUAUCAAAGGGAAAAAAGGGGUAGUUGAUCGCUCGAUUCAGAAGCGUAACUGGCUAGAGAGAGAUUUAGUUGAGAAGUUGAUGUGAGGGUAAUUUGGUCCUCAAACUGUGUAGCAAUAUUAAUGUUUCAGAUUUUUUUUUUUUUGAAUUAUAUUCUGCCAGUUCAUUGGCUUGAUGGAUCGAAGCAUCGAGUCCAACGUUUCGAUAUUCUUAAUUUUGAACUGAUCUUAGUACUUGCGCGCUGAUAAGCGUCUCAGCCAACAAAUAUUUGAUUUGCUUAAUUUGCCGUCGACCACAGGUAAAUUCGGCCAUUGGUUAUAUUUAUAUCUAUGUUACUCCCAUUUGUUU